AUGGAAGAACAGAUAGAACAAGCUGUUGCCAUCGCUUUGAGCCCCUCUUCGGAUCAUACUUUGAAAAGUCAGCUCCUCCAAAUUCGAACUACAUUAAUUGAGUUCGUUAAGCGAGAAUAUGUUCUCGAAGAAGUUAACGGUGUAGAAUUUAGUUCCGAACCGCAAUAUUUCUUUGAUGAAUUUUUGGCAUUACUUCAAAUUAAUCCUAUAAAUGGUAGCAAAACCAACGUCCGUACAAUAGAUAUAUUUCUGAGAAUAUUAAUGUCAAUUGAUGAAGAAGUAGUGAAUUUGUCUGUUCCUAGGAAAAAAGAGGAUGCACAAAGAAAUACGUCCAUUAUUGUAUGUAAAGGAAUGAAACCCUUAGACAAAUUUGAACUGAUUCAAGUCUUGAAUCUAGCAGAUGUCAUGAGACGUUUAGAUCUCGUAAGUAAUCUUUUCGUAAAUUCUCAACUUUUUGCGGAUAUAAAUGUUGAUAUUCACCCUCAUAAAACCAUAAAACAAGUCGCUAGGCUUACUAAUGUUCUUGGCGUAGAAUUAUGCAAAAUAUGGGAAGAAGUGGAUUCCGAAACAAAACCUGUUGUAUAUGUUCAAAUAGAACUCUUACUGCAAUUUCUAUUGAAAUUUUUGGCUGACGAAUACGAUGAUACUUCUUGUGCUGUAUUUCCUUUCGUAUCAGCAUUGCAAACAGUGUUAAAAAGGCAGAAAAAUUUCUCUGGCGCAUUAACUGGGUCACAAAGAGAAUUUAUGGAUUCGUUACUAAAAGUGGUAGUUCUCAAAAUGAAAUACGAUGACGAAACAGAUUGGGGUGGAACGGAAGACGGAGCAGAAGAUGCUGCAGAAUUUUUGGAGAUGCGUAAGAAUCUAAAAUCAUUUUUUGAAGCGAUUUAUCACAUCGACGCACAAUUGUUUACAACAUAUAUUCGUUUGGCUGUGGUUAGUACUUUGGAAAAUUAUGCAAAAUUAGGAAAUGCGCUUGAUUGGCGUGAACUAGAAUUAGCAUUGUACUUGUUACAUUUAUACGGGGAAGCAAUUAAAGGAAAAGUUCAGUUUGUGGAGAAGCAUAACAAUGAAAUUACAGCAUAUACUCCUUUAGGGGAAAUGAUGAAUCAAAUGAUUCAAUAUGUUUCUUCAUAUUCACAUCCAGCCAUUACCCUGAAUUUUUUUGAAAAUAUUUCUCGCUAUUCUCAAUUUUUUGAGAUACAACCUGAUUGUAUCCCUCCGGUACUUGGGGCGUUUGUGGAUAUACGUGCUGUAAUUGAACCCUCUGAUAUAUCUGCGGACAGUAAUCCUUUGACAAAAGAUAAAGCAAUGGAAAGUGGAUUUAGCGAGCAGAUAUUCCUUUUUGAAACUGUUGGUAUAUUAAUCACAGCCGAAUGUAUUCCUCCGGAUAAUCAAAUGGAAUUUGCAAAAGUAUUUUCAACAUAUUGGGUUUUUGUCUUUAGCUGUUGUCAAAAUAUUCACCCUCAUUUCGUGACAGGCCAUCCUCGUUCAAUACUUCAAUUGCAUCACUUGAUAAUGGCUAUUGGUAGCAUUGGAAAAGCUCUAUUGCGUUCAUUAAUUGCUCAUUUAUCUCUGCGUCAUAUAGGAUUCCCUGAAGCUCCCAAAGGAUCUCAUCCAACUAUUCCAUGGGUUGGAAUUCUAAAACAGGCUACUGAAAUUGUUCUUGCAGUGCUUAAAAUUUUGAACAGAUACGAAAUUAUCAGGGAUGCUGUAUGUUUCAAAGUAAAUUAUUAG